AUGUUAAAAUUCAAGAAGCACGAUACAGAAAAAACCGAAAUCAAAAAAGAAUCUCGUAAAGAAGAAUCUAAAAAGGAGCGUUCUCGUUCACGCUCACGUUCCCCACGUAGUAGAAGAGACCGUUCACCUCCUCGUAGACAUGAACGCCGAUACAGUCGCUCACCUCCAUCAUCGCGAAACAGUAGCAGCAGAAGAUCUCGCUCACCGCCUCGUCAUCGAAGAGAUCGCUCUCCAGAUUACGACAGACACAGAUCAUCUCGAUAUCGUUCUCGCUCUCGCAGUCCAACUCGAUCUUCAGCAGCAUCAGCAACAGCAGCAGCUAAAUCCAGUGAACAAAAGGGCGUCAAGAGAGUUUUAAAGAAGCAACCCACAUAUAGUCUAAUUGAAUUAGAAGUAAAUGAUCGAUUGGGUAAAAAAGUUAGAGUUAAAUGUGCACCCAACGACCUUGUAGGGGACUUUAAAAAGCUGGUUGCAGCACAGAUUGGCACAGAACCAAGUAAAAUCGUUCUCAAGAAAUGGUAUAAGGAAUUCAAGGAUCACAUCACAUUGGCAGACUAUGAACUGCAUGACGGAAUGAAUUUGGAGCUGUAUUAUCGAUGA